CCUGAGUUGCCGAAUCUAGGGCGUGCGCUCCAGGCCCGGACGACUAGCUGGUGGUUUUCAAAGGAAGUUUGUGGUUUUUCUUUUUUCUUUCUCUCUCUCUCUCCCUUUUUCCCAUCAGGACAAAGAAAAAUAUUAGUCAAGGACAAGCUCCCUGGAGGAGGAGGGGCUUGCCCGACACGGAAGAAUUUCCAUCAGGGCUUUCUGACCUGGUCAGCAGACUGGUGAUCAGCAGUGAGGGAGAGAGAAACAAGGGGAGGAAAACAACAGACCCUUUCUCUUCCCUCCCCCUGCCGCUGAAAGGGACGGAGCACUUGUGCCUCUCUGAAAUGGAACUGUUUGGUCUGUGCCCCUGGUGGUGCAGAAGGUGUGGAGGACUCUCCGGACACCGGGAAGAGCGGCAGUGGCGACAGAACUAGCUGAGGAAGCAAGAGAUCGGAUACCCCUGUGCCCGGGUCGUGGUUCCCAGCACAGGCCUCAGUUUCCUAUCAGUCACCUCUCUCAACUCCUAGGCGGGCAGGGAGGGUUGAGCAGGAAAAGCUGGCGGAGCCCCGGCCGCUACAUGUCGUACUGGGCAAUGAAGCCUGUGACUUGGACUCCAUGGUGUCAGCCCUUGCCCUGGCUUUUUACCUGACGAAGACAACAGAGACAGAGGAAGUCUUUGUGCCAGUUUUAAAUAUAAAACGUUCUGAGCUACCUCUACGAGGUGACAACGUCUUCUUCCUUCAGAAGAUUAACAUUCCAGAGUCCCUCUUGAUUUUCCGGGAUGAAAUUGACCUCCAUGCCUUGCACCAGGCUGGCCAACUCACCCUUCUCCUUGUUGACCAUCAUGUCUUACCCAAAAGUGACGCAGCCCUCGAGGAGGCAGUGGCAGAGGUGCUGGACCAUCGGCCCAUCGAGCAAAAACACUGCCCCCCCUGCCACGUUUCAGUGGAGCUGGUGGGAUCGUGUGCUACCCUGGUGACCGAGAGGAUCCUGCAGGGGGCACCAGAGAUCCUGGACAGGCAAACUGCAGCCCUUCUCCACGGAACAAUCAUCCUUGACUGUGUCAACAUGGACCUGAAAGUUGGAAAGGCAACCCCAAAGGACAACAGAUAUGUGGAGAAGCUGGAGGCCCUCUUCCCAGACCUGCCCAAGAGAGAGGACAUCUUUGAUUCUCUACAAAAGGCAAAAUUUGAUGUAUCAGGACUGACCACUGAGCAGUUGCUGAGAAAGGACCAGAAGACCAUCUCCAGACAAGGCAUUAAUAUGGCCAUUAGUGCAAUAUAUAUGGAUUUGGAGGCCUUUCUGCAGAGGUCUGGCCUCAUCGCUGACCUCCAUGCUUUCUGCCAGGCGCAUAACUGUGAUGUCCUGGUCGCCAUGACCAUCUUUUUCAACACUCACAACGAGCCAGUACGGCAGCUGGCUAUUUUCUGUCCCCGUGCGGCACUCCAGAUGACAAUCUGUGAAGUUCUGGAACGCUCCCACUCUCCAUCCCUGAAGCUGACCCCUGCCCCAAGCACCCACCCUAACCUCCAAGCCUAUUUUCAGGGCAACACCCAGGUAUCUCGGAAGAAACUUCUGCCUCUGCUCCACGAGGCCCUGUCAGCAUAUUUUGACUCCAUGAAGAUCCCUUCAGGGCAGCCUGAGACAGAGGGUGUGUGCAGGGAGCAGGCGGACAAGGAAUUGGACAGGGCGGGGAACUCCCUGGUUCCUGGACUGAGUCAAGAUGAGGAGGAGCCUCCACUGCCCCCCACGCCCAUGAACAGCUUGGUGGAUGAGUGCCCCCUGGAUCAGGGGCUGCCUAAACUCUCAGCAGAGGCCAUCUUUGAGAAGUGCAGUCAGAUCUCACUGUCACAGUCGACUAUUGCCUCACUGUCUAAGAAGUGACUGCUGGGAGGGGUCAAGAUGGUGAGAGAGGUUGCUUGAAUCACCUCAGUUGCAUGUGUUGAGAUGCAUCGGCCGUUCUGUCUUCAUUGCUCUGGGAUCUGAUGUACUAUGUUCAUGAACCUGGGAGGAGAAUGAAGUUAAAGAAAACAGUUGCUUUAGAGAUGGCUUUCUGCCUUUUCUCCAGAUCUCUACCCAUUAGACAGAUCAUAUUAUUUAAUUUAAUUCACCAAAUCUGCACUGACUCCUCUGUUUCAUUUGCCAGGGGCACAAAGUAAUACCUGCAUAGUUCCAGCAGAGUGGCACAAGGAAGUACCCUCAGUAAGGCUCUUGAACAGAACCAGUAUCUCUGAACCAAACAAUCAUUGUCUCCUUGUAUUCAUUUAUUCUCUGAUACAUUCAGGUAUUUGUUGGUUACCUACUUUAAGCUAGAUAGAAAAGGGAGUGUGCUUUGGAAACUUCUAUUGCGGUUUCCAGCCUUCAGCAGAACCCGGCUCAAUGAUUCCUCUUUCUGCCCCCAGUUAAGCAGUGGUGUCCAAGGCCAAGGUGGCUACAGUUGUAUUCUGAGCUUAUUAUGACUCUUUUAGGAUUGUUGGGAAGCAGUUAGGAGGCCAUUACCUUCUGUCCUCGCCAGCUGGCCCAGCUCUCAGUUUCUUUAGAUCUCUCAAAGCCAUAGGACCCCGCAAAGACCCAGAAGACCCCGGGAAUGCCUUAAGACCACCUAGGCAGUCUUCCCAAAAGACAGUAAAAGUGCAGUGAGAUCCCUGGCUCUAUGCCCUAGACCUGUCAAUUCCUUGUGCGUCUUGUUCUCUUCUCAUUCAUAUCGAAAGGGAACAUGGAGUUCUAAUGCCUACUGCCAUGAACUGUGUGUCUUUUGGCAAGACCCUUCAUUUCUCUAUAUCUUGUCUUCCCCAUCAGUAAGACUAAGGGUCUGGACUAGAUGCUCUCUGGUAUUCUGUGAUACGCCACCUCUUGCCAUCCCUCUCUCCCCCUGGGAGAGCUCAGGGUGGCUGAAUCAUAUAUAUAUGUGAUUGUACCAAGGGACUCAGCCUCAUGUAGCAUGUGCAGGAGUGCAAUGUAUACCAUAGUGACCCACAGAGAGACCCCGCUUCCCCACUGACUUGUUCUGCAUGUGUAGAGUCUCCCUUUUGCCUUCAGACCCACCUGUCCCCCUUUCUCCUGCCCCAUGGCCCUAUUCCAUAUAAGUUGCCAGUGGUCCCAGCGAACAGUGGGAUGUGUGACAGUUUUGGCAUGACGUCUUCAGUAAGAGGGGGAUGGUGUGACUUCGCUGUAGGGGAUGAUGUCUAUAGCCAUGGGAAGGUAAAAAUAGUUGUGUGAUUUCUGAACCAAAGGAAUUUAUGUUUUGUAACUUGGGUACCUUCUUUUGCAUUUUGUUAAAGUAUUAAAUACAGUUUUUUUCCUGUU